CAAAAAAAAAAACAAAUUCAACGGGUGUGAAAUUGUGUGUUCAUCAUCAAAGUAAAGCAGCCUUACAUCGCACCUUCUCCCUUCUCCCACUUCUCCCUAAACCUAAAACUACCCAACUGCAUUCACUCCAAUCAGCUUUAUACAAUUUGCGAUUAUGGUUUGUUUGGCAUGCUUGUUGCCUCUAUUCUUGAUCCCAGUUGUUAAUGCUCUUCCCCUAUUGUUCCAUAUUCUGAUGGCGAGAGUGUAUCGAUUAUUAGGUUGGGAAUACACAAAACCCGAAAGGGUUCCUCCAGCAUGCCCUUACAAGCCAGGGAUGGCCACCAAAACUGAUAAUUCCGGUAUGCACUCGCAUUGUCGGUCCCACUUGUACUUGCUGUACGCACACAAGUGUCCGAUCGACGCUCGCGUCCUUCUCUUGUUGCCAAUAGACAACUGUGCCCCUUUGAGAAACCUUUGCUCGCUCGUGCUUCACGAUCCCUUCGACUUCGUUCCGCACAAUGCUUGCUCCCUUACCGCCAUUAGGUGAAAGGAGAAGAUGAAUCUUUAAUGAAGGAUCUGAACUCAAAAUCAGUUGAGUUGGACACCCAAAAGACUGAUUGAACUUGAGUAUAUUUGCUGGCACUUAGCGUUUACAAGUUCUAAUUUCAUUGUGAUUGUAUGUAAACUAAAGUAAAAACGUGUAUUGUAUUGUAUUUGUGAUUACCAUACGCCCUGCAGCAAUUAUUUUCAGCAUGAA